GCGCACACACACACACACUAUUAGCUUGGUUAGCAGCUGUGACUGAGCACUGGGACUCUAGAAAAAGUUUUUUGUGAGAUUUUCCAUGUAUUCUUGUUGUCUGACAGUUGAACUCAUCAUUAUAAAAACGCAUUUAAUAAUCUAACAUUUAAUCCAGAAAGUUUGGAGACCGUAAAAAGGUGCACUUCUACUCUGGUCACUACGGUAGCGCUGACAGGACUGCCCGGUGCUCCUCUAUUACCGCCUGUACGGUAUGUGAAAGCCGCAGUCAUGCACUUGUGUUUAUCCCUGAGCUGUGCUGCACCGCUGCUCGACACUCCGCUCGGACUCAUUUCACCUCAUUAGCUGGAGCCAAAGUUAGUGUUGUCUCCUCUGACUACCGUGCAUCUCCGUUAAAUCUGUCAAAUAUCUCCGUGCGGGUUUAUUCUAACGCUUAGAAUAAAAAAAAAAUUAAUCCUGCGCGUCACCACUGUGAUCUAUCGACGGGAAAUUAGUCCUGCGUAAAAGUUAAACUCGGUGAUCUGAUUUUGCUGCAGGGGCCAGCUGUGUGUCUGCGAGUUCAGAGGCACCUUGUUGUUUUUCUCCCUCACAGCGCAUCAGCUCCGGUUUACUGUGAUAUCCAGGUGGGAUUCAGUUGUUUUGCUGCAUUUAAGGCCCUUAAAGCGUCCUCUUUAAACCGCAUUAUCUGACUUUAGCACACACAGCUCUGCGUAAAGGUGAUCAUCAUCAGAGGAGGAGGAGGAGGAGGAGGAGGAGGAACGAGGCUGAGGCUGCUGCUGGGCCUGAUUCUGGUGUUCGGGGCGAUAAUCUGAUUUUUAGACCCGCAGAGUUGAACAUAUAGAAGUCUGGGUUCAUGCCGGAUUUCGAGCACUUCAGAUUUUCCUACUCGAGCAUGAAUCCGGUCCUGGGGGAGAGCGGUUUCCUGGCCCCGCAGCAGCAGCAGCACCAUCAGAUGACAGGCCAAGUCGACUCCGCCAUCCCAGAUCCUGGAUACUUCCUUGGGGAUCACGGUGGGUUCGGGCCUGAUGGGUUGUCCGGGCUGGACCUGGGCGCCCUGCCACCGUCGGGCCUCGCCUACUUGCACCUGAGCAGCCCCCUGCACCGCGUACCACCGGCCGCCACGGCGCUGCGCAACGACCUGGGAUCCAACAUCAGCGUCCUGAAGACUCUGAACCUGCGCUUCCGCUGCUUUUUGGCCAAAGUGCACGAACUGGAGCGCAGGAAUAAGGUGCUGGAGAAGCAGCUGCAGCAGGCUCUGGAGGGGAACUGCGGAGGGGAUGGACACCAGAAGCCGCUGACCAAAGAGAUGGGGGUCCAGACUGGGUUUAUUGGGCCCAUUCCAUCCAGACCGGGCCUCAUCCCGCUCAUCAACGCCAACAACCCGGCCUACCUCCCCGGCGGCCUCCUCUCUCCAACCCUGAACCCUCCUCCUCUGUUUGACAACAAAUACCUGCAGGCCAACAACCUCAACCCGAUCACCACGGAUUCAAACUCCAACCUCACCACGUCCGGUUUCUCCAUCAGUCCUGCGCUGAGUCCCACCGACCCAUCCCGAACAAUCACCAACAUCAACGAGAAAUACGCCUCACACGCUGGGACGAACACCAACAACAUCCCCCCUCCUCCCCCGCGCUUCCUCCCCGGAACGAUCUGGUCCUUCAACCACACACGCCGGUUUGGCACCGGGAGGGAGUCGUGCGUCACGGGCCCCGGAGUCUCCUGGACGCACCCGGACGGUGUCGGGGUCCAGAUUGACACCAUCACACCUGAGAUCAGGGCCCUGUACAACGUGCUGGCCAAGGUGAAGAGAGAAAGAGACGAGUACAAGAGAAGAUGGGAGGAAGAGUACACGGCCAGGAUGGACCUUCAGGAGAAAGUGGCUGAACUGGAGGAGGACCUGCAGGAGAGCGAGGUGUGUCAGGACGAGCUGGCUCUGCGGGUCAAGCAGCUGAAGGCUGAACUCGUUCUCUUUAAAGGACUCGUCAGCAACAACCUGUCCGAUCUGGACACGAAGAUCCAGGAGAAGGCCAUGAAGGUGGACAUGGAUAUCUGCCGCCGCAUCGACAUCACCGCCCGCCUCUGCGACGUCGCCCAGCAGAGGAACUGUGAGGACAUGAUUAACAUGUUCCAGCAGGUGGCCACGCCCCCCACCACGCUGAACGGCCGGGCUCGGAAACAGAGCGGGCAGUCGGCGAAGGGCGGCGGCGACGGGGACGAACUGAGCAUGUCCGAGAGCGAGGGAGGCGGGGCUAAGGACGAGGAGUCGUGCAGCACCUCGGCCAAUCAGAUCAACGAGCAGAUGCAGAGGAUGCUGAAUCAGCUGAGGGAGUGUGAGUUCGAGGAUGACUGUGACAGUCUGGCCUGGGAGGAAACAGAAGAAACUCUUCUUCUCUGGGAAGAUUUCCCCGGAUAUCCACUGGGAGUGGAAACACAGGGCGAGCUGCAGCAGCAGGAGGAGUCCAUCGAGGAGGUGAUUAAAGACACAGAGUGUCUGUUCAAGUCCAGAGAGAAGGAAUACCAAGAAACCAUCGACCAGAUAGAGCUGGAACUCGCCACAGCCAAGAGCGACAUGAACCGCCACCUUCACGAGUACAUGGAGAUGUGUUCGAUGAAAAGAGGGCUGGACGUCCAGAUGGAGACCUGCAGGAGACUCAUCACACAGAGUGGAGACAGGAAGUCCACCUCGCUCAUCCCGCUCACCGUGGACGACUCGGACAGCGACGAGAAGGAGAGGAAAAAGCCGGCUCUGCCCGCCGACUCCGAGAGCAGCGACUCCUGCUACGAAACCAACGCCGCCGUCCCUCCGCUGGCGUGGAGGAAACCCUAACACACGCUGAAACACACACUGCUGGUCCUCUGAAGUGAAGCGACGUCGACGCUCGGCGAGAGCAAGAAAACAAAAUCAAGUCGUGCGAAGCUUCCACACAUCUAAAAUUAGUUUUUUCUUGACCUGAAGGUUUGAAAUUCUUUUAAAACCAGCAGAUGUAAAAAGUCUUCUUGAUCUUUAAGCUUCUCUGAAAAGCCAGCCGGAUGAUUUUUCAAAAGUCGUGACUUUGAAACGUCUUUACAAAACCAUCAGUCUGCUUGCAAAGCCUCUAUAGAAAAUAUCAAUAUAAUAAUUUUCAAGGUUGUCGGUGAAAGAUUUGACUCUUGAUGCUUCACUUGAAGUGUCACUGCUGCCCUCCUGUGGUCAUCAGCUGUGCAUGCACCUCACUGAAGGUCAAACAGAACAAAAUGGCACUGAUUUAGUUUGUUGAUGAAAUGAAGAUUUUAUUUUUCUGUUUUUCGUGCAGGAUUAUUUGCACAGAUUCUGUAGUGACGCCUUACAGCUGCAGCUUCACGCGCACAGAGAAAUGUAAUGCACAAAGAGAGUUUGCACAAAACAAACAGUGAGAGACAGUUUUACUGAUUAAUUUCUUAUUUAUUAUGGUGACAGGCAUGUUUUUAAUCUGUAUUUGUGUUUUUAUUUGUAACUCUGUCGUGCGCAGCAGCUUUAAAAUGUUGAGCAGAAAGUUUAGUUCCUAAAAAUAUAGAGUAACUAUUUUACAGAUUUCUCUCUAUCGAAGCCCGACUUGCCUUAAACUGAUAAACAUUUGAGAAGUAUGACACCUUCUCUGUCCUGAUAUUAAAUGAUUUAUUUGUGCUUUACCAAAACCUGCAUCUUUAAUUAACCAGAAUUAAUUUAAAGAAUGUUUUUUUUAAAUUAGGUACUUGGUAAAUCCACCUCAGAUUUCUGAAUCUCGAGGCCGUAGCUGCCGUUGAGGAGAAAAGGCAACGUCAAGAUUGUCUCCAGAAAUUUCAUAUUUUAACAAUCGAAUGACAAAUUACAUGUGAUGGACUUUUCAGGUUUAAAAUGAAGUUAAAAUAAAAUGAGGGAAAACAGUAUUUUAUUUCUGAUACUGUGUAAAAGUUUUUUUUUUCUGCAAUCUUUACUCUUUUUUUAGUUAUUCUUCAUCAGCCCUCGACAAAUUAGUCAAAAGAAACGAGCUGAGAGGCUAAAAUCACAGAACGCGUACCCACAACUACUGAUUCAAACCGUCACGUUGGUGAAUAAACCUGGAAGAAAUAACAGCAGAACAAUUAAAUGAAUUAAUAUAAUCUAAAAGUGUUUACAAAGAUUCUUUUGGUGUCUAAAAUCCUGACCACACUGUCCAUAUUAAUCAUAUUGUAGCAAACACAGGCUGUUUUGGAUUCAUAAUUUAGAAAUUGAAAGCAAAGCCUGAGACGUUUAAGCAAACUGUAAUUAUUGUAUGGAUUGUAAAAAGAAAAAGGACAGAUGUAUGGCUUUAACAAAUGAUUCUUUUCAUUGCAAACCAUUUUCUAUAAAAGGUCAAGACAAAGGUAGAAAAAUGAAAAUAAUUUCUGUUGGACUAAUAGUUAAAAAAUUCUGUUUUCUAACACUAAAACAAGCAAAUAGAGCCCGACUGAUACAUUCAUUGGUGUAUAUGUUACCCAACAUGCACCAAUACGUUUUUUGACUGUAUAUCUUGCUUUUAAAAAAAUGGUAAUUUAUUGGCGUCACUGUGAAGUUCAUCCAGCAGAGUGAACUGUGACGAGCAGCACAGAGUGCAGAGAGUGAGGAGCUCUAAAUGAUGUACACGUUAAAUUAUUUAACAUGUUAAAAGAUAUUUAACUUAAAUAUUCUGCCACCUUAUCGGUAAUCUGUGAAUUUUUUCAUUCUAAAAUCUGUCUCAAAAAUACAUUUCAGGAGCAACAUUUAAAAACUGCAAACUUAAUAUCUACAUUACUGCUGUUUCAUUUUCUUUAAAUCGAAAACUUGUUGUUUCCAUCCUUGACAGAUCCUUUAAAGUUUAGUUAAUCAUUAAAGUCAUAAUUUAAAGGUCCAGUGUGUCAGAUUUAAGUGGCUCUAUUUACAGAAUAUGACAAAUGUAAUCUAGAAUAUUCCUAACUUUGUUUUAAUUAGUGUAUAACCACCUAAAAAUAAGAAUCAUUAUGUUUUUAUUACCUUAGAAUGAGACUUUUAUAUCUGCAGAUGCCGCUGGUCCUCUGUGAAAAUGCCACUGAAUCUUUCACAACGGUCCUUCGUAGAUUUAGUUUGGGGAAUUUUAGUCUCUCAGCUGAAUUUAAAAAGGGAAGGUGUCAUUUAUGUGCCAACCAUCAUCGACGUGUAAUGAAACCACGUGACAUAUUUCUUCUGCUACUGAUUUGUUUGAUCGACAUUUUUUAGGCGUUUAAGGGCAUUUUAUUUAGUUUUUUCUUUUACUAAAGUGUAUUUUAAGACAUAUUUGUUCCUUAAAUGUACAGUUUGUAAAGGCUAAAUAUUGUAUCUAAUGUAAAUAAUAAGGCUGGCUGUACAAUGCUGAACUAAAAAAUGCUGUAAGCUUCAUGUUCUUAUGAUGUAAAUUUAUUUUAUUUAUACCGUCUUUUAGUUUUAGCGUCAUCGUUAUCGCUGUGACCUGAAUUAGACAUCUUAGUAUCAUCAUAGUUAUCUUUCAGUAUUUGUUUCAGAGUAAAUGAAGCUGCAGCGAUGAUUAAAGAGGAGGGAAAGUUUCCUUUUAUUCUCCUGUUUCAGGACGUGUACAUACGUGUGGGAUAGAAGCCAUGACGAAGGAGUUUUGAGUUUUUCUACUUUGGUUUUGUGCCAGUUUUUCUCUCCGUUUGUCGACCUGCUGUAAAGAACGCGUCACAGUUCACCUCGUCAAACACAUCUCUGAUUAAAUGAAUGUCUGCUUACUCAGUAACCUGCCAUGUUCACCACAGAAAAUCAGGAACAUUUUCAGUUUUAGUCCUGUGGUUUUCUUCGCUGAACACGUUUCUAACACCUGAAAAUGCUGCUCUCUGCAUACUAUACUGUUAUUUUACACUUUUUACAGAUAGUUCCUGGUACUCGGAGAAGAAAUGGACUAAAAUUAAAAAUGUCAAAUUGUUCCCUUUUAAUAUCAACAUAACUGCAAGUGUACAAUAAAGGCAAAAUAGACAAAGAAUCACUCACCUCAUCAAACUGUACAGAAGCUGCUUUACCGGAACUGUUGAGAUCUAUAUUAUCAGACUGUAAAUAACAUCUGUGGAGAGAAAACAAAUAAAUGGAGUGUGUGUGAAAGGAAAAGAAAUGAUUUAAAGACCUCGUGGAAUAGAUGCUGGAGAGCGCAGAAGUAUGGGCUCGUCUGAUGAAUGUUUCUGGGUGCAGAUAUUCGUGGUGAUUUAAAGUUUUUCUUGUUUUCGUGAGGUCUUUAACGUUUGUUCUCCUCGGUCACAGUGUGCAGAGCUGAAUGAAAAGUUGCACAGAAUAAAACAUUUGAAAGAG